AUGGCCCGCACCUGGGGUAACUUGAAAGCAUCAUCAAGGGUCACAGGAUUCGCGGUGACCUUUUUGGCAAUGGCUUUGGUGUACCCAAACAGCUCCAAGACUGCAUCGGUUGCAACCGACUUCUCGACAGCCACCUUUGCAACUGUGCUUGGGCCUGAUUUUGCCCAAGCCUUCCACCAAUUCUUGCCGGCUGUUUUGAAGUACUACGACCCCUGUUUCUCGUCUACGGACCGAAACAACACAAUUGGUUUGUUGGCAGAGGUGAUCAACAGGCUCGGAGUAGCUGUUGGUCCAUUCACCAAGCAGUUGCUCCCGCUUUGCUUGAAAGCCACCAAGGACGACGACGUCGAAGUGCGCAGUAACGCGGCGUUCUUCUUGGGCUCCUUGGCCUCACGGACCGACAUUGAUAUCAGUAGCCAUUACAUGUCCAUCCGUCCUCGGUGUUUUUGCACUUCCAACUGA